AUGAGAGACUAUACAGAAUUUCAUUCAAUAGCUCGAUUAAGUGGUGCACCAUCAAGUAAAGUUUAUUUUUGUCACGCAUCUUUGUUUUCUUUAAUUAGUUUUUUGUUUGGUUACGUUGGUUUUGAACAAGGUGGUCAAUUAACAGAAGCAAUUGGACAACAACCUUAUGCUAUUGAAAAUGGUCCAAUAGUUGAUUUUACAAAUACAAUUUUUAUAUUAACAUCAACUAUUGGUGUACAAUAUAUUUUAGAAGAAGUUGCAAAUUCAUCAUCGAUAAGAAAAAUGUUUGAUGUUAAUGAUGUUCGUUCAUUGAAACGUUACCUUGAUAAACAUAUAACAACUGAACUUGCAAAAUUACUAAUACAAAUGAAACUUUCACCACAUAGUCAUGUUACAGUUAUUACUGUUGCUCAAAAUCAAUAUCAAAUUCAUAUUGAACAAUUACAAAGAACUAAUUAA